GAAAUUAUUCGACUUGGUUGUACGACGCGCUUAAAAACUACGGACACACGCUCGCAAAACAGAUUAAGUUGUGCUAUUGUGCUCCAAUGUGCGCUGUUUAAAAUACAUCAAGUUGCCCUUUUUGUGAUAACUGAUAAGAACAAAAAUAAUCAAAUAUUUAUAACACGGCUUUGAAGUAAACAAGUAGUUUUAGAAUUGAAUUUCUAAUUUAAGAAAAGUCUGAGUAUACCAGCAGUACUCAUAUUGACAAUAUAAUUAUGUCGCCUUCGAACAAAAAAGUGAAUUUGUUUGUUUUUGUUGUUACAUUAUUUUUUGUGAGUUCUUGUUUUGAUUUAACACGAGCAGCUAAGGCGAAUUCAGUAUCAUUGGCAGAAGCGGCAGAGAAACAAAAACAAGAUGCAGAGAUCCAUAAGAUACUUUUUGAAGACAAUCAAAGUAUUCAAGAAUGUUUGAAUGUCACAUUGCGUCGAAAAACACCAGAAGUCAAGAAAAACGACACCAAACCCGAUAAACCGCUAUGGACAGUUGUUAUCCUCCGAGAAGAAAUUAUCCAAAAGGAUAAAACAUUAAACAUUCAACAAUGUACUGGUUCUCUGAUUCAUCCUCAAGUCGUUCUAACCGCAGCUCAUUGUUUACACAAUAAACCAAUAGCUGAAUUAAAAGUUCGUGCUGGAGAAAUAAACAGGAGACCAGACAAAAAUACCACAACAUUCCAUCAUCAAGAACGUCACAUUGAAAGUAUCGCCUAUCAAAAGUCCUAUGACCCAACAAAACCCAAAAGGGAUAUCGCUUUGGUCUUCCUAAAGACUCCAUUCAAUGUUUCUUCUUCGACUCAUAUUAAAACUGUUUGUUUACCGCCGACACGCUUUCCUGUCAAUGCCACAUAUGUGAGAUGUUUUGUAACCGGAUGGGAGAAAAAAUCUCAUCAUGUCAAACUUGGACAUGCGAAUUUCAAAAAAAUCGAUCUACCAAUUAUUCCAAAUUAUAGAUGUCAAAAAGUCUUGAGACUGACGGGAUUGGGUGAAGAAUUCAAUUUACACAAAAGUUUUAUGUGCGCAGGUGGAGAACUUGAAAAGAGCGCCCUGGAAGGUAAUGGUGGGGCGCCUUUGGUGUGUCCAGUAUGCGGCUCUAGUGGAAAGAUGCAGGUGCAAGUUGGAGUCAUGUCGUGGGGAUUUAAGGCGUCGCCACUACCAGAAGUAUUCACGGCUGUAAGCAGUGCACGGCAUUGGAUUAUGGAGGAAUUGCAGGAAAAGAAAUUGAAACUACCAAAUUGUGGAAUCAAAUGGAAUCAAGAUGGCGUUGAGCCUUGAUGUGAUCCACACGCAUUAGCAUUAAAAAAAAGUAGCUUUAGAUCUGUUUCAUUUUAUAAUCUGUAAAGAAAAAUUGUAAUUAAAUAAAAAAGAUUGGUAUUUUCUAUAUAAAAUUCUAAAAGUAGAGAACUUAAACAAACAACAGAAAUUCCAAAGCCCUAAAAACAUAGCUAUAAUAUGUUAUGAAAUCUUUUGAAUGUUUCACUAAAACUUAAAGCUUAUUAAAGUUCCAUCUGCUUCAAUGAAAUGUAUGUAAACGAUUGCAUGGAAGUUACAUAUACAAAUAAAAAAAGACAUACUCAAAACUAAACUUAAGCAAA